CUCUGUGCUACGUUUCUUCAGAACCAGCUGAGCUGUGUUCUGUGUGUUCUGGUUAAAUUUUUGUUAUCCAAUUAUUUGCACGCAGAGCAGCUGCAAGGAUGUCAGGUUUUGAGGAAAACUUUCAAAUUUUGGAAUCUGAACAACUUGGAAGAUAUGUUGUUGCCAAUCGUGAUUUGCCAAAAGGGGAGCAAAUUCUACUGGAGGAACCAUACGUGACUGGACCCUAUUGGGACGCUGACAUCAGUUGCCUGAGCUGCUUCAGGGAUUCUUGCUGCACCUGCAGCAAAUGUAGGAAAGCUCCCCUAUGCUACGAUUGCACCGAUCACGAUGAAACCGAAUGCAACUUCUACCAGCAAUCCAGCCUAGACAAAAACUUUAUCUAUAAUCAUUUCAACGUUAUCACUCCGGUGCGGUGUUUACUUCUGCGCAGAAGCAAUCGUGCGCGAUACGAUGAGAUGAUGCGGAUGGAGGCUCGUCUAGAGGAACGCAGUGGAACCGAGAUAUGGAACAUCCACGAGAAAUACGUUGUGCAACCUUUGCUCGAAAGUGGCGUUUUCGAAAAUUUCGACGAUCUGGCGGUGACUGGAGAACUGAUACAGCGGAUUUGUGGCAUCUUAGAUGUGAACACAUUCGAAGUGCGUGGAAAUGUCGACAGUCAGGGGAGGCAGAUGGCUAACCUGGCUCGGGGUCUUUACCCGAAGACGGCUUUGAUGACACAUAGCUGUCUGCCGAAUACAAUGUUGUCGGUUGACGGGCACUUUAAUUUGCGGGUGUAUACAACCGUUCCGGUGAAAAUGGGUGAAAUGCUGCACAAUAAUUACACUAGGAGUUUGUUUGGCACAUAUGAGCGACAAACGCAUUUAAGAGAAGGAAAAUACUCCUCCUGUACUUGCGAGAGAUGCUUGGAUCCAACUGAGCUUGGAACUCAUUUGAGCUCGAUAAGAUGCACUGAAUGUGAUGAAGGACUCUGUUCAUUCUACCCCAGCGAUCCUAGAUGGGAAUGUAACAAGUGCCACAAACGUCUAAAGCGAGAGUACGUCAACGAGGUCCUUUGUGCAGCCCGUAGUGAAAUCAUGAGUUGCCCCCUAGAAGUUCGCGAUCUGGAGAAAGCCAUCAGCAAACACUCGAAAACACUCAAUCCACGACACGCGCUGGUUCUGGAAGCGAAACAAAAUCUUGUCGCGGAACUACGGAACAUUUGCGCGAUUAUGGAGCCGAGCAAUGUGCCGAAGCAAGUGCUUAAACGAAAGUUGGAACUGUGCGAGGAAAUUCUGGCUAUUCUUCGAGUUCUGGAACCGGGUCUGUCCCGACUCGCUGGAAUUGCGAUGUACGAGUACCAUGUGGCACUUGUGGAGCUGUCCCGCAGGAACUUUGAUACAACGGAGAUUAAAUCGAACGAGUUAUUGGAAAAUUUCAUCACAGCUGAAGCCGAACUGAAGCAAGCGAUCAGUAUGCUAUUAUUUGAACAUCCGACUACUCCGGAGGGACAAUUGACGAAGCGAGCUAUGCGCGAACUGAAGGAUCUUCGAGAGGAGAUAGCUGAAGUUCGAGCAAUGAUCGAGGAUGAAAAUAUGGACAAGCAGAGUCAAUAUCGUAACCAGAGAAAUAGUAACAUCAACAAUAAUUAUAAGAAGAAAAUGAACAAACGUCGUUAGAUGAACAUGAACAUGAACAUGAACAUUAUAAUGCUCAUUCAGAUCAUCGUUAUUAGUUGUUUAACAAGUGAAAAACCACGCGUUUCCAUAAUUUUUCUUCGCAGUUGUGACGCAUGGUUACCUUCAAUUUAUUAUCAGCAUUCUCAUGUUGUUAUCUCACCGUUUUUAGACAUCUUUUAGUAGCAAAUUCGAUCGGUUAUCACAAAAAUAAACAAGAGUGGAAUACGGAUACCCUGAUUUCUAAUUGUUUCUUUUCUUCUCAGCAGAUUUCAAUGGUUAUAUCCAGAGUUGCACUGUUGCUACAAAUUUUAUUUUGUAAGGUGAGCGCCUUUUUAUAUUUUCCAAUCAUACGGUGUUAUAUGACCUAGCAGAAGUAUAAUAUGCUCAUAAGCUGUUUCUCUCAGAGACUUCAAAGCUCAGAGAAACAACUUGUAUGAAUGAGAGAUUCCAUCAAUCUAUUCACUUCAUGCCCACCAGCGAAGAGAAGAAACCGCUUUUCCGGUGAGUCUGUUCUCCCAGUAUUCGAGCAUUAAUUCUCCAGUCCGGGCUCUUUUUGACGUAGGACUACGUCUUUGAUUUCUAUAUAGGGGGGUCACUACGAAAAAUGUAACGUUUAUUAAGAGUUUUCAAAUGCAUAUUACGCAGAGUCGUUCUUACGAUAUAUGUUAUAAUAUAUACCAUCAAACUGCAAAUUUAUC